AACCCUUCGUCAAGACGAGCCUCAAAAUGGACGUAAUGGCAAAAUCUUGGGACAUUAAGGGACUCUCAUAUCAGCGAGUCCUCUCGUACGUUACAGCGUGUCCGUAUGAUGCUCAAAGGAAUGACGUUAAUUUGACAGGAGAGGAAGAAAAAGAGGAUCGAUUUUUGGAUGAGCUUGGAAAGUGCCUGGAACGUCGCGACGUCCACGUCUCUACUAGCUGUCGUAAGGUACUUCAUACGGACACCUUUCUUGGAUGCAUCAUCAGACUAAUGGGGUCCUUCGGUCAGUCGCAGGAAGUGCAACAGAUUGGACGCAAACCGCAAAGACAGAUCGACGCCUGUCGAUACUGAGUCUCGCGACUAACGACUUUUACCAUGUGCUACCCGAGCAGAGAACUGUCCCAAUGGGACACGCAAUAUCCUUUUACGUUGCCCAAUAUAGACACAAAGUCAUUUUACUUCUGUAUUAGAGAUGGUUAAUCGGAAUCCCUGGAAUUAGAAGGUGGAUGUGAAAUCCAAGGGAGGACGAAUAAGGGAAUGGAGGAAAGGGAUCUGUGGGGUGAAACUGUAGGAAAAUACAGGGAUGAAAGUACAGGCCAAUUGGAGGGUUGUUGCGUACAUUAGGCUUGACUGAUAAGGGGUAAGGGGAGAUAGGUGAAUAUUUGAGGAGCGUUACGAAUGGAAUGAACUCUUGAGCUUUACAAGAUAGGUCAGGAUUCAACUCCAGUAUUCGCUCUCCUCUAUAAACCAGCUAGAGGCACACGGUCAAAUGAUUAAAUAUACAGAUGGUAAGCCACUCGCGUGUCAAAGCUACUGUCCUAAAUUUACAUGUGUUGCUAUGUACUUCACGUGGGUGGAUUGGUCAGACACUAAUCAAAUAUGCUACUCCCGUCCACCUAUUCCAAGCGAAUGGUGUUGUGCCAUCAAAAAAUUUCAUUUAAUAUUCUUUGGAUACACGAGUCUCGGCUGGACAAUGAAUUCUGUCAGAAAUCCUCCAGCACAUGAGGAAAGAGAAACGCGUGUGUGUGUGUGGGCUUUUCGCUAACAAAAAAAUUAAGGAAAUUCCAAUAAGAUCUACCGCAAUGUCGAUUUUUAAUCCUGAACUCUACUUACUGGCUGAACUAACAAUGGAACUACAGAGUCCUUGAUAAAGAAAGAAUGCUGAGAGAGUGUAGAAACUGAAAACUGAGUCCCUAAGAAACCUUGAAAGGAUUGGAACUUGGAAAUCCUUCAGUAAAAGAAAGACCUUGCUUCGAUGGAGGUGUGAAAGAGCUUUCAUCGAUUUUCUUCAAAACUCAGGUAGAGUGCAGAGACUGGUUGUUUCGUAAAGUGGCCAUUAAAUAUCCAGGAAUGGCCAAGCUAUACAUUAAUAUUUAAACGAAACUCCUGUGGGUGGGAUGAAGAAGGAAAGUAUCAUAGAGAUAGAGAUACAGAUAGAUAGAUAGAUAUAGAAAGAGAGAGUGAUAAUGAAAAUAUGAGAAUGAAACAGUGAGACAGGUGAAUACUUUUUGGACUUUGAUAAUUUAUAUAUAUAUAUACUGUAUGUAAUCCAUAAC